GUCUUUGUCGCCUGUAUCUGUCUGCUCGGAUUCCCUUUCUGAUCUAGGACUUUCUAAUGCUCAAGAUGGCCUGGCAAGCCAUAUGAGGUGGAGAAACAGAGGCACAGGAAACUUAAGUGACUUGUCCAGGGUCUCCCAGCUUCCAAGCUGAUGUCCAGUGCAAUCUGUUGUCUCAUGUCUGGAUCACCACUGCGCUCUGUGUACCUGUACAAACUGUGCUUCUGACUUUCUUCUCUGCAGCCCUGGAAAUGCUUUCCUUGUCACCUCCCCACCCCUACUGAAAAUCUGAUAUUAAAUUCUACAUGUUGAUUGAAUUCUUCGGGCAAAUCAGCCCCUGGAGUUAGUUGCUCCUUUGCUCUCACAAAGCUAGCUGCUGAGGAGGUGCUCGCCUGCAGUUGUGCCGCCAGCGGUGCAGGGAUCCUCUGGAUGCUGAUGGAGCAUGUGGGGAAGCUCAGCAGUCUGCCCUUCCUUGCGUGAUCCCCUUUGUGGGGGGCACGAACUGGGGCCGACCAUUGCUGCGAACAGCCACCGUGCAUUGUGUGGGCUGCAGCGGCGGUGCUGUGUUAAGCCUGAUUACGUAACCUGUAGAUAAUUUUCUCUCUUUCCUGAUCAGCUGCUUUCCUCUGAAUGCAGAAGAGGGAAGCUGCUACCCUCUCUGUGCAUGCUGCGUCACAGAAGAGUGACUGAGAGAGAGGAGGGGUGGAAAGCAAGGGACAAAGGUUAAAAGAUUGAAGCAGUCUGGGAAGUGCCACUGCUUUAAGGAGAACCGCAUGAGUGCAAGAGGCUCUUUCCAGCUUUCUCCUGCUGGGUUUUGAGCUGCAGUAUUGAAAAAAAAAAAAAUAGCAGCAGCUACACUAGGCGAGUCAUAAAGAAGCCUGAAAUCUGUUAAUUCCUUCACUGAGACAGCAUGGAGGAUUCUGCAGAGCAGAGUCAGGAAAUGAGAUAUCACAUGCUGCAAAGGCCCAGUAUGUCUGGUUUACACCUUGUAAAGCAAGGCCGGGACAGGAAGAAAGUUGAUGUGCAGCGGGAUUUCACUGUGGCUUCUCCAGCAGAAUUUGUUACUCGUUUUGGAGGGAAUAAAGUUAUUGAAAAGGUCCUGAUAGCAAAUAAUGGCAUUGCAGCGGUGAAAUGCAUGAGAUCCAUCCGGCGCUGGUCCUAUGAGAUGUUUCGAAAUGAGCGGGCAAUCAGAUUUGUUGUCAUGGUGACUCCUGAGGAUCUGAAAGCAAAUGCAGAGUAUAUUAAAAUGGCAGAUCACUAUGUCCCAGUUCCAGGAGGACCGAACAACAACAACUAUGCAAAUGUGGAACUCAUUCUUGAUAUUGCUAAGCGGAUUCCAGUGCAGGCUGUAUGGGCUGGCUGGGGCCAUGCAUCUGAGAACCCUAAACUACCCGAACUUCUCCACAAAAAUGGGAUUGCUUUCAUGGGUCCUCCAAGCCAAGCAAUGUGGGCCUUAGGAGAUAAAAUUGCUUCUUCAAUAGUGGCUCAGACUGCUGGCAUUCCAACUCUUCCUUGGAGUGGCAGUGGUCUUCGAGUGGACUGGCAGGAAAAUGAUCUUCAGAAGCGUAUCUUGAAUGUUCCUCGGGAGCUAUAUGAAAAAGGCUACGUGAAAGAUGCAGAUGAUGGACUGCGGGCUGCUGAGGAGGUUGGCUACCCUGUCAUGAUCAAGGCUUCUGAAGGAGGAGGAGGAAAAGGAAUUAGGAAAGUUAACAAUGCAGAUGACUUCCCCAACCUAUUUAGACAGGUUCAAGCUGAAGUCCCAGGCUCUCCAAUCUUCGUAAUGAGACUAGCCAAACAGUCCCGCCACUUGGAGGUGCAGAUCCUGGCAGAUCAGUAUGGCAAUGCCAUCUCUCUCUUUGGCCGGGAUUGCUCCGUGCAGCGCAGGCACCAGAAGAUUAUUGAGGAAGCACCUGCUUCUAUUGCGACUUCGGUGGUGUUUGAGCACAUGGAACAGUGUGCAGUGAAGCUUGCCAAAAUGGUGGGAUAUGUGAGUGCGGGUACUGUGGAAUACUUGUACAGCCAGGAUGGCAGUUUCUACUUUCUGGAGUUGAAUCCCCGCCUGCAAGUAGAGCACCCCUGCACAGAGAUGGUAGCUGAUGUUAAUCUUCCGGCAGCACAGCUCCAGAUUGCCAUGGGGAUUCCCCUCCACAGGAUCAAGGAUAUCCGAGUGAUGUAUGGUGUUUCUCCAUGGGGAGAUGCAUCUAUUGAUUUUGAGAAUUCAGCCCAUGUCCCCUGUCCACGUGGCCAUGUCAUCGCUGCACGUAUCACCAGUGAGAAUCCUGAUGAGGGAUUUAAGCCCAGUUCUGGUACAGUUCAGGAACUGAAUUUCCGCAGCAAUAAGAAUGUCUGGGGCUAUUUCAGUGUUGCUGCUGCAGGAGGGCUUCAUGAAUUUGCUGAUUCUCAAUUUGGUCACUGCUUCUCUUGGGGAGAAAAUCGUGAAGAAGCCAUCUCAAACAUGGUAGUGGCUUUGAAGGAGCUGUCCAUCCGAGGGGAUUUCCGAACCACUGUUGAGUACUUGAUUAAACUGUUGGAAACAGAAAGCUUCCAGCUGAACCGCAUUGACACUGGCUGGUUGGAUCGGCUUAUUGCGGAGAAAGUUCAGGCUGAAAGGCCUGAUACCAUUCUGGGAGUGGUGUGUGGAGCUCUGCAUGUGGCUGAUGUGAGCUUCCGAAACAGUGUCUCAAACUUCCUGCACUCUCUAGAAAGGGGCCAAGUCCUGCCUGCUCAUACUCUGCUAAACACUGUGGAUGUGGAACUCAUCUAUGAAGGACGGAAAUAUGUGCUGAAGGUGACCCGACAGUCUCCCAAUUCCUAUGUGGUCAUCAUGAACAGCUCGUGUGUGGAAGUUGAUGUGCACCGACUGAGUGAUGGAGGACUGCUCCUAUCUUAUGAUGGUAGCAGCUAUACUACCUACAUGAAAGAAGAGGUGGACAGGUAUCGCAUCACUAUAGGUAACAAGACCUGUGUGUUUGAAAAGGAGAAUGAUCCCUCCAUUCUGCGCUCACCUUCAGCUGGGAAGCUUAUCCAGUAUGUGGUGGAGGAUGGGGGACACGUGUUUGCAGGCCAGUGCUUUGCAGAAAUAGAGGUGAUGAAAAUGGUGAUGACACUAACAGCAGGAGAAUCAGGCUGCAUCCAUUAUGUCAAACGCCCAGGGGCAGCCUUGGAUCCAGGCUGUGUGAUUGCCAAGCUCCAGCUGGAUGAUCCCAGCAGGGUUCAGCAGGCUGAACUGCACACAGGUGCCUUGCCACAGAUCCAGAGCACAGCACUUCGAGGCGAGAAACUGCAUCGCAUCUUCCAUUAUGUCCUAGAUAACCUGGUCAAUGUGAUGAAUGGAUACUGCCUGCCAGAGCCCUACUUCAGCAGCAAGGUGAAAGGCUGGGUUGAGCGACUAAUGAAGACACUGAGAGAUCCAUCUUUGCCUCUGCUGGAACUUCAGGACAUCAUGACCAGUGUUUCUGGACGGAUCCCACCCAAUGUAGAGAAGUCCAUCAAGAAGGAGAUGGCCCAAUAUGCCAGCAACAUCACAUCAGUCCUUUGCCAGUUUCCCAGCCAACAGAUUGCCAAUAUCUUGGAUAGCCAUGCAGCCACCUUGAACCGCAAAUCAGAGCGUGAGGUCUUCUUCAUGAACACUCAGAGCAUUGUGCAGCUUGUACAGAGGUACCGGAGUGGUAUUCGGGGUCACAUGAAAGCAGUGGUGAUGGAUCUGCUCCGUCAGUAUCUGAAGGUGGAGACUCAGUUUCAGCAUGGUCACUAUGACAAGUGUGUCUUUACCCUUCGGGAAGAGAAUAAAAGUGAUAUGAAUGCUGUGUUGAACUACAUCUUCUCACAUGCUCAGGUCACCAAGAAGAACCUGCUUGUUACAAUGCUCAUUGACCAGCUAUGUGGCCGUGACCCCACCUUGACAGAUGAGCUGAUUAAUAUUCUGACAGAGCUGACCCAGCUCAGCAAGACAACCAACGCUAAAGUGGCCCUCCGAGCACGCCAGGUUCUCAUUGCUUCCCAUUUGCCAUCCUACGAGCUGCGUCACAACCAGGUGGAGUCCAUUUUCCUGUCCGCUAUUGACAUGUAUGGACACCAGUUCUGCAUUGAGAACCUGCAGAAACUCAUUUUGUCUGAGACAUCCAUCUUUGAUGUGCUACCCAACUUUUUCUACCACAGUAACCAGGUGGUAAGAAUGGCAGCUUUGGAGGUGUACGUUCGAAGGGCAUAUAUUGCCUAUGAGUUAAACAGUGUCCAGCAUCGCCAGCUGAAGGAUAACACUUGUGUGGUGGAGUUCCAGUUCAUGCUACCUACCUCCCAUCCGAACAGAGGGAACAUCCCCACGCUAAACAGAAUGUCCUUCUCUUCCAACCUCAAUCACUACGGGAUGGUCCAUGUAGCUAGCGUGAGUGAUGUACUGCUAGACAAUUCAUUCACUCCACCGUGCCAGCGGAUGGGUGGAAUGGUGUCCUUCCGCACAUUUGAAGAUUUUGUCAGAAUAUUUGAUGAAGUGAUGGGUUGCUUCUGCGACUCUCCUCCCCAGAGCCCAACCUUCCCUGAAGCUGGCCAUGCUUCCUUGUAUGAUGAAGAUAAGGCUGCCCGCGAGGAGCCCAUUCACAUUCUUAAUGUUGCUAUUAAAACAGAUAGUGACGUUGAUGAUGAUGGCCUGGCAGCCAUGUUCAGAGAGUUCACACAAAGCAAGAAAUCAGUCCUGAUUGAACAUGGGAUUCGGAGGCUGACAUUCCUUGUAGCACAGAAGGACUUCAGGAAACAGGUCAACUAUGAGGUGGAUCAGAGAUUUCAUAGGGAAUUUCCAAAGUUCUUCACGUUCCGUGCCCGGGAUAAGUUUGAGGAAGAUAGGAUUUACCGUCAUCUGGAGCCAGCUCUGGCUUUUCAGCUAGAGUUGAACCGAAUGCGAAACUUUGAUCUCACUGCCAUUCCAUGUGCCAAUCACAAAAUGCAUCUCUACCUGGGAGCAGCUAAAGUUGAAGUGGGAACAGAAGUGACAGACUACAGGUUCUUCGUGAGGGCUAUUAUAAGGCAUUCAGAUCUGGUUACCAAGGAAGCCUCCUUUGAGUAUCUGCAGAAUGAGGGAGAGCGAUUGCUUUUGGAAGCCAUGGAUGAGUUGGAGGUGGCAUUUAAUAAUACCAAUGUGCGGACUGACUGCAAUCACAUCUUCUUAAAUUUCGUGCCUACUGUCAUCAUGGACCCAUCUAAGAUCGAAGAAUCCGUGCGAAGCAUGGUGAUGCGCUACGGGAGUCGCCUGUGGAAACUCCGCGUCCUCCAAGCCGAGCUGAAGAUCAACAUUCGUUUGACACCGACUGGGAAGGCAAUUCCCAUUCGUCUCUUCUUGACCAAUGAGUCAGGCUACUAUUUGGACAUCAGCCUCUACAAAGAAGUGACAGACUCCAGAACAGGACAGAUUAUGUUCCAGGCAUAUGGAGAUAAACAGGGACCGCUUCAUGGGAUGCUGAUCAAUACCCCCUACGUGACCAAAGACCUGCUGCAGUCCAAGAGAUUCCAGGCACAGUCUUUAGGGACAUCAUAUGUCUAUGACAUUCCUGAGAUGUUUCGGCAGUCUUUGAUUAAACUCUGGGAUUCUAUGAAUGAACAUGCAUUCCUGCCAACGCCACCGCUGCCUUCUGACAUACUAACGUACACUGAGUUGGUGUUGGAUGAUCAGGGCCAGCUCGUGCACAUGAACAGGCUGCCAGGAGGAAAUGAGAUUGGGAUGGUGGCCUGGAAGAUGACUCUGAAGACCCCUGAGUAUCCAGAAGGCCGUGAUAUCAUUGUCAUUGGCAAUGACAUUACAUACCGAAUAGGUUCUUUUGGGCCUCAAGAGGACAUGCUGUUCCUGAGGGCUUCAGAGCUUGCUCGAACACAUGGCAUCCCCCGUAUCUACGUGGCUGCCAACAGUGGAGCCAGGAUUGGUUUGGCUGAGGAGAUUCGGCACAUGUUCCAUGUAGCUUGGGAAGACCCAGAUGACCCAUACAAGGGAUACAAAUACUUGUACCUGACUCCUCAAGACUAUAAGAAAGUCAGUGCCCUGAACUCAGUUCACUGUGAACAUGUGGAGGACAAUGGAGAGUCCAGGUAUAAGAUAACAGAUAUUAUCGGAAAGGAAGACGGACUUGGAGUAGAGAACCUCAGAGGAUCUGGCAUGAUUGCUGGAGAAUCGUCUUUAGCCUAUGAGAGUAUUAUCACCAUCAACUUGGUUACAUGUCGGGCAAUUGGAAUUGGGGCUUACCUUGUUCGGCUAGGUCAGAGGACUAUCCAGGUUGAGAACUCUCAUAUAAUCCUGACUGGCUGUGGAGCCCUCAACAAAGUGCUUGGACGGGAAGUUUAUACCUCCAACAACCAGCUGGGCGGGAUCCAGAUAAUGCACAACAACGGAGUGACACACAGCACUGUGUGUGAUGAUUUUGAAGGAGUCUACACGAUUCUGCAGUGGCUUUCCUACAUGCCAAAGAGUGUAUACAGCCCUGUUCCUAUCCUCAAAGUCAAGGAUCCUAUAGACAGAACCGUAGAGUUUGUUCCUACCAAGACUCCCUACGAUCCUCGCUGGAUGCUGGCUGGACGCCCAAAUCCAAGUCAAAAAGGACAGUGGCUAAGUGGUUUCUUUGACAAUGGCUCGUUCCUGGAGAUCAUGCAGCCCUGGGCGCAGACAGUUGUGGUUGGUAGAGCAAGGCUGGGAGGAAUACCUGUAGGAGUAGUUGCCGUAGAAACGAGAACGGUGGAGCUCAGCAUCCCUGCUGAUCCUGCAAACCUGGACUCUGAGGCUAAGAUAAUCCAGCAGGCUGGUCAGGUGUGGCUCCCUGACUCUGCCUUUAAGACUGCGCAGGCUAUCAAUGAUUUUAACAGAGAAGGGCUGCCUCUGAUGGUCUUUGCUAACUGGAGAGGCUUCUCUGGUGGAAUGAAAGACAUGUAUGACCAAGUGCUCAAGUUUGGUGCCUACAUUGUGGACGGUCUGAGAGAGUAUCGUCAACCUGUGCUUAUUUACAUCCCACCGCAAGCGGAGCUGAGAGGAGGAUCCUGGGCUGUGAUUGACCCUACCAUUAAUCCUCGUCAUAUGGAGAUGUACGCAGACCGAGAAAGCAGAGGAGGAAUCCUGGAACCAGAGGGGACGGUAGAAAUCAAAUUCCGCAGGAAGGAUCUGGUGAAGACGAUGAGGCGAGUGGACCCGGUCUACAUCCGCCUGGCAGAGCGGCUAGGUACCCCUGAGCUGAGCCCUGCUGACCGAAAAGAGCUGGAGACCAAGCUAAAGGAGCGGGAGGAAUUCCUGAUUCCCAUUUACCACGAGGUAGCCAUGCAGUUUGCUGACUUGCACGACACACCCGGUCGGAUGCAAGAGAAGGGUGUCAUAACUGACACUCUAGACUGGAAAACUUCCCGUACCUUCUUCUACUGGAGAUUAAGACGUCUUCUUCUAGAAGAUGUGGUUAAAAAGAAGAUCCAUGAUGCCAAUCCUGAGCUGACUGAUGGGCAGAUCCAGGCUAUGCUGAGACGCUGGUUUGUGGAAGUUGAAGGGACAGUGAAGGCAUAUUUAUGGGACAGUAAUAAGGACCUGGUGGAGUGGCUGGAAAAACAGCUGACGGAAGAAGAAGGCGUUCGCUCAGUUGUGGAUGAAAACAUCAAAUACAUCUCGAGGGACUACAUCCUCAAACAGAUACGGAGCCUGGUCCAGGCCAAUCCGGAGGUUGCCAUGGAUUCGAUAGUGCACAUGACCCAGCAUAUAUCACCCACCCAGCGAGCCGAGAUCGUGCGGAUCCUCUCUACAAUGGACUCGCCUUCUUCAACGUAAGAGCAUCGAUUUCCUACACUCCCCCCUGCCCGGUACAGUGGAGGGGAAAAAAAAAGGCUCAGAAUUGCCCUUUGUCUGCUCGACUGCGACCACUGUACCGAGACGGGGAGGCUCAGGGAAAUGCUGGAAGAGUGACAUUUUUAUUUUUUCAAAUCAGACUGACCAGAGGAAGUGUGUUCUUUGGCCAGAGACAUGAGGAAAAUGUAUAAACACAAGCGCCUGCGGAAUUGAGUUACAGCUGUCUAACUGUACCUUAUUUAUUUAACAAAGCGUGACUGGACCAAUGCAUCAGUUCGCUGUUCGGCUGCUACCCAAAAGCGCUACAGCCAGGCAAUGAAGGGUGCUCCGGUACCGUGAGGUCUUGGCAUAGCAAAGCAGGGGCUCGUUUAAAUUACACCCCUGUGCCCCUGCCUGCUUCUCUUUUCGCAUCCCGCCUGGUAGCGGCAGCUUUGUGCUGACAAGUGCCAAUGUUACCCCCUGCGAGAGCGUUGCUGUAGCCGAGGACGGGCUCUGCCUCCCAGGAGUGGGUGGGAGCCCAAGGUCCUCCCGCCUGGCGUCCUGUGGGUGAGUGGAGCCCACCACCGAGUUAACCCUCUUGUCUCUGUCAGCCAGUAGUGAUUUGUAUUUCCAAUGUCUGUCUCGUUACUUAGUAGUAGAGGAAAAACAGCAUUUAAGCCGGUGUGGCCAGGGCUGUCCCCGUGCCCCAGGCAGGCUGUGGGGAAGGCUUCUGGGCUUCCCAGGACUGUGAAGGUGGCGGGGCAGGAUUUUGGAGGCUAAAUCCGCGCUCACUUUGCCUUUGUGCCCAGUUCCUUUAGAACAGGUCAGUAAACUCUGUGAAAAGGCCCUUUAGGAGGAGGUAAAAGAGGAGACCAAAACCCAGCUGCUCAGCCAUUUCUGCUCUUCCUUCCCUACUUAUUUUGAGGGAUAACAGACAUGGGCAGUCCCAGUGUUGCAUAUACUUCAUGUAAGUGCUAAUCCCUUUCAUACGGGUAGGUAACUGAAGCAGAAAGCAGUUACAGCCUGCCAGGGUAAAGGAGGGGAAAGGACAGAGUCAAAUACACCAACAUGGUUAGAACCGCGCAAGGAAAUCUCGGUCUAAUGCAUCUGAGCAAAGUUUUUCUCCAUCGCCCACCUCUGCCCUGGAGCUGGCUCGAGCGGAGCUGCCUGCGCUUGGCUGGUCCUGUUGCGCAGCUGGGGAAGGGACCGCCAUUAUACACGUGGGAAGACGGAAAUAUAAGAAAAGUUAUUCUUGGUAAUCCCGUUCCAAUGGUCGCUCUUUGCAACUGGUUGGGAAUAAUCGUCUCUAUGGCAGGUAAGUGCAGCACCGGCACUGAGCCAGGCUGCCCAGGUCGGAGGUGUGGCAGCAGCGCAGAUCACCGCAGGCUGACCCCAGCCCCGGUCCUUGGCUUAUUUCCACACUGUUUUAUUUUCAUGGGGCUCCUGACCAUAAUAAAAGAUCAGAGAAGUUGGAACUCUGGAGGGAAGCACGGUCAAUCCCUAAUACUUAGAUACUGUUAUGGAACUUGGUCUAAGCAGUACUGGAGAGCUUACACCAAUGAUUGUCUUAAAAGUAUUUCAGAUUUUACAGUUCCGCUUUUAGUAUAGCGUGAACCAGAAGGGAUGUUUUUAUGAGAGAAUUAGUUAAUGAUGAUGCCAGUGCCUCACACCUGUACUGUUUCCUUCUGAAGUGCAGUGCAGCCCUUGGGUGCACGUGGUGCCAGGCCUUCUGUAAAAUCGAGGUUCAGCACCGGGGUCUCUGCUCUCCUCCCCGGGGGGACGAGCAGCAGCAGUGCAGCCCUGCCCCGAGGCCAGCGGAGCUGUGUCGUCUGAAGGACUAGCUUUUUCUUAAUAGUUAAGAACCCUAAUUUGAUUUAAAAGACUUUUUUUCCCACUAGAGCCCCCUGAACAACCCCCAAAGAUGCUUUUACUUACGCCAAGGCGGGCUGCAGCAGGACACACAGGACAGACAGAGGAUGUCUCAGCCAGGCAGGACCGCUCGGGGGGCAUCACGGCACGGGCGACUCGUUGGGCUCCUCCUCCGCUGUCACCGGGAUUUCCUACGUGGUACUGUCACAAGUCAGUCCCUUAUCCAGGACGUCUGCAGGUGUUACGGCAAGUGUCCUGGCACCCACUGCUCCGUUCCUUCCGCUUGGGGUGGGAGCCAUCGCUGCCAAAGUCUCUUGCCUGCUGGGCAAGAGCAGACCCCUGUGUUUCAGUGUUACAGGCACUGGGUCAGGCUCCACUUAAUUUGGGGGUAAAGUAGCUCCAAAAAACCAGCCGUUAGGUAACAUCGGAGCUGGUCCGAAGUCAAAUUCCAGCACUAGCCCUGGGAGCCCCGUGGAGGUCCAGGUCACCGCAGCGUCACCAGCCGACGUCCUGGCCUUUCUCCCCCAGCCCCGGCUGUGGCCGCAGUGCCGGUGCCGCAGGCGUGUGGGUCGGUUACCCAGCGGGGCAGGGGUGGCGGGGAAACCACCCUCGGUACAUACGGUUCUCGCUGGUGCUGAAGUAUUUCACUUACCUCAAUUUCUUUUAAUAAAAAGAAUGAAUUACA